UCUCUCCAUCCUGAGGCAUCCCUUCAAGGUGACUGCGUCCCGCGACGAGUCGGGACGAGCCUCGCAGACUCUGUGAUGAAAGCCAAAAUGUAUGACGACAACAAAAAAGAGCAGAACUUUGACAGCACGUGUGCAGCGGGACACAGAUUAAAUCGUGUGGCAGCCGGCGCAUAUGUUCAGUCUCCCUGCAGCUCAGCGGUUCAAGGACGCUCCCACAGUGUCUGAUGACAACAAGUUUUUUUUUGUUGUUUUUUUUUUUGCUCCGAGCUAGUGGUCAUGUUCAUGUCGGAUGGGUUUGGGCCGCAGAGCGGCGGUGUGUCCGCCUCCAACGCGGAGCUGCAUCUUAAAGUAGCGGACAACCACAAGAGCAGCCUGCCCGCAGCAGCAGCAGCAGCAGGGAUGAGGAUGGAGAACAGCAGUGGGAAGAAACUCUUAGACAUUUCUGGACCUGCUUUAUCUAAACGAAAACUUCUGGUCGGCUUGGACCUCCUGUGCCUCUUCCUUGCCUCCAUUCCUUUCUUUGCAUGUGAGCUGAAGGCAGUGAGUCCUUACAGAAGAGGCUUCAUGUGUGGGGACCCCAGCAUCACCUAUCCUUAUCUGCCACAAGAGGCCAUACCAGAUGAGUUACUCAUCGCUGGCGGCAUCAUCAUCACCGGCGUCACAAUCGCCCUUGGGGAGUGUUACAGGGUGCGUUUCCAAGGCGUCAGCUCCAAGGCCUUUGUCACAAACUUGUACGUGUCCCGUCUGUACAAGGAGCUGGGUUGCUUCCUGUUUGGCUGCUGCGUCGGCCAAUCACUGACCAAUAUGGCCAAACUGAGCGUGGGGCGGCUGCGGCCGCACUUCCUGUCCGUGUGCGGCGUCACCUAUGCGUCACUCAACUGCACGCCGGGAAGCUACGUGGCAACAGUGAGCUGCCGGCAGUCUGAUCACCCGUCAGAGGAAGAGGCAAGGAAGUCCUUCUUCUCAGGCCACGCUUCCUUCGCCAUGUACACAAUGCUCUAUUUAGCAUUUUAUCUGCAGGCACGGUGGACUUGGCGAGGGGCUCGCCUGCUGAGACCUGCACUGCAGUUCUUCCUGGUUGUGCUUGCAUUCUACACAGGUUUGACUCGGAUCUCAGAUUACCGGCACCACCCGUCCGAUGUGCUAACGGGCUACAUACAGGGAGCCCUCACCGCUUACUGGGUGGCCUUCCACAUCUCAUCCAUGUUUAAAAGCUGCAGUCCAGAUCUGUCUCCCACUGAGACCCUUAACGCCGCCUUGUCACCCCACCAUUCUGUCUGCUAAACAUCACUCACACAGACAUCUGUGGCACCAACACCCACCUGUGGCCCGCAGUCUGGUGCAGACAGACGAGAGAUUGGAAGGAUGUGAGGCCAUUUCCUGUGAAGUCAAACCACAUACCUCAGCGCUCAGAGUGAAGGAAAGAGAUGGUGAGCGUUUUGCCUGUGGCUCAAAAGAAAAGGACAUACUACUGCGUAUAUGAACAGUGAGAAAGGAGGGAGGGAGGAUGCUGAAAACUGUACCCACACUGCAGCUGGAGAGACUUAAAAGCAGCCUGAGCACUUGACCGCUUUGUCCUUGUGACGGACCUCGACAUGUGAUACUUACCUGUGAGACGAGACUGAAAAAAAACACCACUACUACCACUAUACCUGUAAAUGUAUACAGUUGUUUGUACGAGCACUUUUUGAUGUGCACAUUAAUAUUAUUAAUUGAGUCUUUGGUAUAUAGAAUGUAAA